CAUGACAACCGUCGAAACGGCCAGUGAUCAGCGCCACAUCAUCGGCAUAAAUAGUUAUCGGGAGAUCAUAGACGCAUGAUAUAUUUUUCGUACGAAUUGUAGGUUAAUGAUUAAUGAUAUGGACUACAAUAUGGACUGCUUUCAACCGUUAGGUAAGAUGGUGUUUAUUUACACUUUUUAUUUAUUCUUGCGACUAUAAUUUACAUUGUAUUCAAUGACAUAACAUUUUUGAUGGUAUUUUAUAACAAAAUUUUAUGCGUCUUUACACAUAGUCUACGCACUUUGGAAUCUUACUGCUAUAAAUGUGAUUGAUUUGUUAUUAUUAUUUAUAAUUUUAGAGAUCUUUGAAAUUACUAAUUUGUUAAUUUAUGCAGUAUUUCUUUUGUCCACUUUUAUCUUAUUUAUUUUUUAACGGACGACCGACUCAGUCACAAAACAUCCCAUGGGGAACGCCUCAGUUGUCUUCAUUCAUUUCUUAAACUGAGGGCAAUUUAGACUACUCCAAUAUUUAAUGGCAAAUUAUUCUCCCAAUGUUAGACUGCUUUAUUCUCUCUACCAGCAGCUACAAUUUCGGCGUUCCUGAUCAGCUAUUAGAUCCUCGAGAAACUAAAAAAAUCUCACUGAAAUAGGAAGAGAGAAGACGUCAGCAGGCAUUAAACACUGACAAUGAUGAUUAAAUCAUUCUAAUCUUCCCACGAGGGAAGAAACUAUAUCAUUGUAUAUCAAAAACUAUAUCCUUGCUCGUACAAGAUAAUUAAAAACACCGAUCGAUUUCAUCUGUUUACACCUGUUUGAAAAUUGAAGUCGAAAAAUAGUUUAAUAUUAAACCAUUGACAGCAGAUCGCCUAUUCAGAUUAUCGUUACUUUUGUUCCGUGACACAUGCUGGCCGUAUGGUAAAGGACUCUCUGUUCAAUACCGCAGUUGUUGACUUAUUUUACGCCUAUUCUAUCGCUGGUUUAUCGUGGAUUUCAAUCAGAGGGAUCAAUGAGGCUCAGUUUACUAUCAGCGAUCUGUUCCAUGCUUCUACUUGCAUAUGUUUUGCACUUCGGUGUGGGGAUUCAUUGCUUCAACUGCGACAGUGAAGUUUCAUGGGCUGACUGUGAUUUAGAUUUGAAUGAGACAGUAAGGACGUGUUUAGGAUCGGAUAAGACCAGAUGCAUGGCCGAAAUGUCCAGAGAAAAUCCGAGAGACAAGACGAAAUACAAAAAAAGCUGCACUACACGGUUGAACAAUCCGUGCGAUGACAAGAGAAAAGAAGACUGCCAAGCCACAAUGUGCGACAAGGAUUUGUGCAACUUCGCCCUCUCACCAGGUGCCACACUUUUACCGACCGGGUUCCGUUGUUAUAAGUGUGCUAGCACAAUUUCGUGGGAAGACUGCGACCAAAACGCCGUCGAGAUUUACUGUGGAGUUGGCUUCAGAAAGUGUUUCAAACUCGAGUUUAAAAAGCCAGGUUUAAUAGAGUACUUCAAAGGCUGCACUGUACCACUGGCUUGUGGUGACUCAGCUGCUCGAAUGCCAAACGCCGAAGACAGAAGGAUUUUGUGCUGUGGUCAAAAUCUUUGCAACGGAGCGGGCAUCGCCACAGUUUACUUUGGCGCUCUGCUUCUUGUCAGUAUGAUCUCCGUGUUCACUAUCUGAUGUGGCGUUUUAGACUGGUAGAACAAUGAUAAAUAACCUUUCAAACUCCAUAGCAGACGUAGAAAUAGAUAAUUACUUAGAAAAACAGUGUAAAAUAUUGUUUCCGGUACAGUACAUUUUGCUUAAUCAGUAAAGUGUUUCGUUCCCCAUCGCCCGACGGAUUCACACGUAACUUGUUUUAAAAAGGGAAGAAAAAUAAAAUGUCUCGAUUCAUCGCUUACUUUCUUCUUAAUGAGCUGGGCGCAUUUCUGCGGUUUUCAUUCACUCAACCAACCUCGUACUGACCGUACUCAGAGUGUUCGUUCUCCUUGACCAGCGGUCAGGAGAUGAGCGACCCGAUUGGAAGCCCAAAAGUAUUGGACCUCCGGUUGAUUUGCGCAUGCUCAGCUGACAAACAUGUGGCUCGAAUUGUUGGUGCUUUACUUCAUUCUCGUCCCCAGAAGCCGCGCUCCUUUUGGUCUUCUGCUAGUUUCCAUUAUUUUUUUUUAACCAAUCAAAAUCGAACUUGUAAGGAGAGUCGCUCGCUCCAUCGAGCUUGUGCUUUAAGAAACGAAGACUCGAGGAACGAGAUGGUCGAGUUGUCCCGACACAGUUCCCCUUUUUCUGGGUCAUUACUAACAUUUUUAAUGAGCUGUUUAUCAGUGUUCUCUUAUAACAGGAUCGAUGUAAGCAUUUGCAUCGGUUAUUUAAACUUGAAG